AUGCUAUCCCUCCCGUUCGCAUGCUAUCCCUCCCGUUCGCAUGCUAUCCCUCCCGUUCGCAUGUUAUCCCUCCCGUUCACCUUCCUGUCGUCUCCCUCUCACCCCCCGUGCUCGUUCCGCUCUCUCCGGCGCGCGGAAUGCGCGCAGAUCAAGCGGUGGGAGCGCAAGGAGGUGAAGGACAACAGCCUGCCCGUGUGCCACAAGCUGCACGUGCACGUGGGAGACACCGUGCAGGUGCGUGCGAGUGGGCGACACCGUGCAGGUGCGUGCGAGUGGGCGACACCGUGCAGGUGCGUGCGAGUGGGCGACACCGUGCAGGUGAUAGCGGGCAGGGACAAGGGCAAGGUGACAGAGGUGGUGCGCGUGAUCAACCACAACUCGAGCGUGCUGUGCCGGGACAUCAACAUCAAGACCAAGCACGUCAAGGGCAAGGCAGAGGGCGAGGCCGGCCAAAUCAUCCAGUACCUGCUCCCAUGGUCACAUAAAUGCAUGCUUGCCGGAAUGCACGGUGUGGUGCAGAUGGAGGCGCCGAUUCACAGCUCCAACGUGAUGCUGUACUCGAAGCAGCAGAAGGUGACGAGCCGAGUGGGCCACAAGGUGCUGGAGGACGGCAGCAAGGUGCGCUACCUGCUCAAGACAGGCGAGGUCCUUGACCAACCCAGCGAGUGGAAGCGCACAGCCAAGAAGGAAAAGAAGGACAAGCCCAAGGGUGACUCGUUGUAA